UGCAUACGUUGAUUUGUUUUGUAGACUCGACAAGAAGUUCUCAGACAAAAUGUUACUUGUGAUAUUUGCAGCGGUUCUGGUCCAAGCCUUCAUCCCGAUGCAUGGUGGCUCGGCUAUCUGUUGCCCAGAAUAUUGGACAGAGUACCGCGGCAACUGUUACCGAGUCUUUGGCCAGGCGUUAACCUGGCAAGACGCCGAUAAUUACUGCCAGUAUUCCAGCGGCGCCCCUCGUGGAGCCGCUCAUCUUGUUUCCCUUCAUAGCCAGGGUGAAUCUAAUUUCGUCAAGAACUUGUGGAACACAAUCACUGAUAACAAGGUGGUAGAAGCCGUCUGGAGAAACAUGUACUGGAUUGGCCUAAAUGACAUCUACCACGAGGGAAGUUUUGUAUAUUCUGAUUACUCCAGCUACGACUUCAACAACUUCCAUGCUGGCGAACCAAACAACAGUGGAAAUCAAGACUGUAUUGUGGUUUGGGAUUACCAAAAAAACGGCAGGGCAACUUGGGAUGACCAACAAUGCUAUAACAAACAUGCUUUCGUAUGCAAAAUGCCAAAACAUUAAUAAAAUGUCAGCCUUAAACACUGUUUUUUAUCUACGUUGUUUGUAUUCAUAAUUAAAUACAGAAAUUGCAAAAGACGUGAAAAUGGCCAUAAGUGCACAAUACUGUAAACAUUCUCUAUGUUCUAAAAACCACAAGCCAAGUGCAAAUAUUGUAAUUGAAUACAGUUUUUACCAAUAAAGUUGAAUGAAACUAA